AUGAGAAACAGCAUGUUUAUUUUCCUCAGAGAAGUCUCCCCUAACCUGUCACUGCCUUUUCCUCCUUGCACAGGUCCUCAUGCCUACAGGCAGCAAAUGUCCAACAGCAGCUCCAUCACCCAGUUCCUCCUCCUGCCGUUCACAGACACACGGGAGCUGCAGCUCUUGCACUUCUGGCUCUUCCUGGGCAUCUACCUGGCUGCCCUCCUGGGCAACGGCCUCAUCAUCACCACCAUAGCCUGGGACCAGCACCUCCACACCCCCAUGUACUUCUUCCUGCUCAACCUCGCCCUUCUGGACCUGGGCUGCAUCUCCACCAUUGUCCCCAAAUCCAUGGCCAACUCUCUGUGGGAUUCCAGGGUCAUUUCCUAUGCAGGAUGUGCUGCCCAGGUCUUCUCUUUUUGUUUCUUGCUUGGUUCAGAGUAUUUUCUCCUCACAGUCAUGUCCUAUGACUGCUACGUUGCCAUCUGCAAACCCCUGCACUACGGGACCCUCCUGGGCAGCAGAGCUUGUGUCCACAUGGCAGCAGCUGCCUGGGCCACUGGGUUUCUCAAUGCUCUGCUGCACACGGCCAAUACAUUUUCACUGCCCCUGUGCAAGGGCAAUGCCCUGGGCCAGUUCUUCUGUGAAAUCCCCCAGAUCCUCAAGCUCUCCUGCUCACACUCCUACCUCAGGGAACUUGGGCUUAUUGUGUUUAGUGCCUGUUUAAUUUUCAUGUGUUUUGUUUUCAUCAUCCUGUCCUAUGUGCAGAUCUUGAGGGCCGUGCUGAGGAUCCCCUCUGAGCAGGGACGGCACAAAGCCUUUUCCACCUGCCUCCCUCACCUGGCCGUGCUCUCCCUGUUUGUCAGCACUGCCAUGUUUGCCCACCUGAAGCCCCCCUCCAUCUCCUCCCCAUCCCUGGACCUGGUGGUUUCACUUCUGUACUCAGUGGUGCCUCCAGCAGUGAACCCCCUCAUCUACAGCAUGAGGAACCAGGAGCUCAAGGAUGCUCUGUGGAAACUCAUAUCCUAGUGUUAUCUAAAGCAAGAAACUGCCCAUCUCAUUCUACAUAGGCAUUUUAAUGUUACUAAUUACAGGUCCAGCCUCUCAUCUGGAUUUUUUGAUUUUAUUAGUUUUUUUUCUUAUUGUGAUAAUGUUGUCAUCCCCUUUCUAAUUCACUGUUGGCUUUUCUUUUAUAACUGUUGGCUGUGUAAAUGAGAAGCCGUGCUCUCCUUGUCUCUAAA